AUGUCAGGCCUUGGACUCGGUAACAUCAGCGGGGAGGGCAAUGGCAGAAGCCAUUGCUCGGGGGGCAAGGCCAAACUGCUCGCGCUGGGCAAGGGCCUCCCUAAACAAGUGCUGCACCAGGACAAGGUCGUGGAGACCUACCUCCAGGACACCAGCUGCGACGAUCCCGCCACUAGGGCAAAGCUCGAGCGCCUCUGCAGGACCACCACAGUGAGGACAAGGUACACUGUCAUGUCAAAGGAGCUCCUGGAUGAGCACCCAGAUCUGAAGACAGAGGGUACUCCAACAUUGACACCACGUCUUGACAUCUGCAACGCCGCGGUGCUUGAACUUGGUGCUGCUGCAGCUCGUGCUGCCCUUGGUGAAUGGGGUCGUCCCGCAGCUGAUAUUACCCACCUAGUCUAUGUCUCAUCCAGCGAGAUUCGCCUCCCAGGGGGUGAUCUUUUCUUGGCAAAUCGUCUUGACCUCCCUCCAAACACAGUGCGCACAUCCCUUCUCCUCCUUGGUUGUUCAGGUGGUGCUGCCGGCCUCCGCACUGCCAAGGACAUUGCAGAGAACAAUCCAGGGAGCCGUGUCCUUGUAAUAGCUGCGGAGACAACUGUGUUAGGUUUCCGGCCGCCAAGCCAUGACCGCCCUUAUGACCUUGUUGGUGCUGCCCUGUUUGGUGAUGGUGCAUCAGCUGCAAUUAUUGGAGCAAGCCCUAUCAGGGCAGAAGAGGACCCCUUCUUGGAGCUUGAGUUCUCAAGGCAGGAGUUCCUACCAGGGACAGACAAGGUAAUUGAUGGCAAGAUCGCAGAGGAAGGGAUUAACUUCAAACUGGGGCGUGAUUUGCCAGAAAAGAUUGAAAGCCGUAUAGAAGGGUUCUGCAGGACACUCAUGGACAAGGUUGGCAUAAAGGAGUUCAAUGAUUUAUUUUGGGCUGUGCAUCCCGGUGGACCAGCAAUAUUGAACAGGCUAGAGGUUUGCCUCGAACUUGAGCCAGAUAAACUCAAGAUCAGUAGGAAGGCUCUGAUGAACUAUGGGAAUGUGAGCAGCAACACAGUCUUCUAUGUGUUGGAGUAUUUGAGGGAUGAAUUGAAGAAAGGGGCAAUAAGGGAGGAGUGGGGAUUAAUCUUGGCAUUUGGCCCUGGUAUCACAUUUGAAGGAAUGCUAGUCCGGGGCAUUAACUGA